ACACUAACCCUCCUAGGCUUCCUCCUCUUUCUCAGACGCACCCUCACCUUCCUCGACUGGAUAUGGGCCGCGUUCCUCCGACCGCCAAAGGACCUUAAGGAACAUUACGGCUCAUGGGCCGUACUCACCGGCCCAACCGACGGGAUAGGGAAGGCUCUCGCCUUCGAGCUGGCCUCUAGGGGCCUCAAUCUCGUCCUCGUGGGCCGCAGCCCGUCCAAGCUCCGAGCCACCACGGACGAGAUCUAUCUACAUCUAUCUGUGGAGAUCAGGACGGUCGUGUUGGAUGUCGCGAGAUCGAGAGGAGAAGAGAUAUUGGGCGCGAUACGAAAUGGGAUCGAAGGGCUAGACGUGGGAAUUCUCGUCAACAACGCUGGGGUCGGCUUCCCUCUGCCGAUGUUCUUCCACGAGAUGGACGCGGAGCUGGUGGAACGGUCGUUGAGGGUGAACGUGGAGGCCGCGAGUUGGGUGGCUAAGGCGGUGGUUCCGGCGAUGCUGCGGAAGGGGAGAGGCGCGGUGGUUAACGUUGGUUCGGGUUCGUCCGUCGUCGUGCCUUCGUAUCCUUUGAUGACGGUUUAUGGCGCCACUAAAGCGUAUGUGGCUAUGCUCUCAAGAUGCAUGAGUUGGGAAUAUAAACCGCAUGGGAUUGAUAUCCAAUGUCAGAGAUAGGCGUCAGUGGAUCGAGCAUUAAGAUCUUUGAGAUUAUGGUCCAUCCACUGUCUCAAAGUGUUCAACACUCGAUCCAACGGCUCCCAAUCAUAUCCCGCUUUUUGUGUCAACAAAGAUGACGAGGAUGAGGAGAUCCAGGUUCAUGGUGGCGUCGGCGGAGGAAUAUGCGAGAGCAAGCCUGCGAGGGAUGGGCUACGAGCAACUGUGCUGCCCAUUGUGGACUCAUUCCCUGCAAUGGGCCUUUUUCGCAUCCGUACCCGAUGCCCUUCUCAAUUGGUUUACGUUUCGCUACUUUCUUCAGGUCAGGGAAAGGGGCCUCGCCAAAGCCCAGGCCCGUUCGUAAGAGGCCCGUAUGAGGGGAAAUAAGACAGGCGGGUCCGAUCUCCUAGGUAUAAAAAAAGGGCUGGUGGCAAACUUGGGGUCGUUUGGAGGUUGAGAUUCUUCAAAUAUGUGUAUUCGAUGAAUAAAUGGAUUGUAAAUUCAAAGAUUGUAAGAAUUAGAUGAUUGGAAGAAUGUGUCGUUUGUUUGUAACAAUUCAAAAAUUUGAAGACAAGAAAAAUC